GUGCCCUCGCUGCUGCUACUCCUAUGCUCCUGUCGCACGCCAACCAACCUAGCCUCCCUGCGCGUCCCUGCCCAUGCUUCACGCCCACCUCCACAGCACCGCGUUCGUCGAGCCCACCUACGCUGCGUACACCAACAUCAUCACCAUGACGGGACGCGGCAAGCCUGGCAGCUCCGCCACGCCUGCGGCCCCUACGUCCAGCACGCCACCCAGCAAGCCCACCGGGAUGUCGCUUGCAGCUGCGCUCGAGAAGCGCAUGCAGUCCACAUCUCAGCGCUCUACCCGUGUCACCCACGCCCACCUGCCCAGCACUGCCGGCGAGCACAGCCUUUCAGGAUGGGUGGUCACCGUGCUGGCCGGCGCCGCCAACGCCGCGCACCCUGCAAUUCACGCCGUGGGCGUCCAGUCUGACCGAGUCCAUAUCUUAGGUGAUGACGGCACCAUCCGCGCUGUGCCCUCGCUUCGUGUGCCCAUCAACUUCCUGACACCCCUCCAUGCCGUGUUCAACGAGAACCUCAUCGUCAUCCCUCCACAUCUUCCUCCUGCCGCCGCUGACCCUGCGCUGCCUGCGAUUGCUGAGGACGCUGGUGCCGCCGGUGCCACUGCUGGUGCCGCCGCUGCCGCUGACGCUGCGCCCGCCGCCAUCGCUGGCGCUAUGCUGCAGCCGCCAGCAGGAGAUGACGAUGGUGACUUACAGCUCGAAGGCGUCCCAAUCUUCUACGCAGGCCUGCUCAACGCCCUGGUACGCCGCCCCUCUGUCACGGUCCAGAUCGUCCUCUCGCUCCGCACACCCACCUCGCGUCGCGCCAUCCUGAACAAGCUGCGCGAGCCCACUGCUGGCCGCCGUGCUCUGUUCCUGAUGGCCGCGCAAAACCGCGGCGAGGAGAUAACCGCGACAAUGGAGACCGGCAUCAUGGGCGUCACGCCCGACACUCCCCUCCUGAUCCACAUCCUAGUCGAGCUUCUGGUGCAUGACCAAAACAUGCUCACGCUCAACUCCAACAUCGACCAGGCCGCCUUCACCAGCCACGCGCCUGUGUAUGGCGCCUUCAUGCCAGUCGUGCUUGACAACAACAACCUCAUCGGCUACUUGCUGUCGGCCGCGCUGGCUGCAUACGAUGGCACCCUGGUGACCAUGCCGCCUGAUGUGGCGCGCGUCGUCUACGGAGCGCAGCUGGACGCCGUACUCGCUUGGGCAGCACAGCCCGCUCCCUAUGAGCCGCAGCAUGCCCAGAUCAGCCGUUGGACUAUCGCGGGCGCCACCGUGCAGGCGCAGCUGCCGUAAUGCUGCUUACUCCUCCACGACUGAUUACGCCUCCACCCCUGCUUAGAACCAACCUGCAUUCCUGGCUUUGAUGCGCAACAUGCGUGCACGGAGGCAUUUCUGAACUGCUUGGUAGUGCGCGCAAAUACGCUAUUGAGAAGCUGUGGCUGUUGCGUAGAUGUAUCUUCUG